AAUAAUAAUAAUAAUAAUAAUAAUAAUAAUAAUAAUAAUAAUAAUAAUAAUAAUAAUAAUAUUCAUUCAUCUACAGUAACGGACUCUCAUGAUAUGGCAGAGACAUCGGCUACGUGUGUAGUGCAUGUACAGACAUCCUUGUCCCCACCGCGAGAAUUGUCCAUGGACCACCAACACAGCAGAGAGAAUAACAACAAUAAUAACGAUAACAACAAGGGUGAUAACAACCGCAUGUUUCUCUAUAAACCCAGUGAGAGCUCUGCUGAACCCACCGCCGGUGAUAAUAAUAACAAUAAUAACAAUAACAAUACUACUAAUACCAGCAACAACAAUCAUAAUAGAGGAGAUCUGGAUGAGGAUGAUGAAGAUGAACAUAUCUGUCGUAUUUGCCGAGAUGGUCCAGAGAUGGAGCGUCUUGUCUCUGCAUGUGAGUGCACCGGCUCCGUGCGAUGGGUCCACCGCAGUUGUUUAGAUCGCUGGCGGCUCGCAAGUGCAAAACGAAAUAUGCGACACGUUCAACGUUGUGAGAUUUGCCGUCAACCAUUCCGUAUUGCUAUUCGUCGUCGUACUUUAUUACUACAGAGUUCCCAACACAUAUUCCGAGUGGUUUUAUUGAUAUUAUGUGUAAUGGCCUUCUUUGCGGCCUUGGCACUUUUUCUUCAUGCGACUUUUGGUGAAAUGGCCUGCCGUGCGCCUUGGCGACGUGUUUCUUAUUCCACCAUGUAUACAUUGGAUGGAGCUGUCGUGACUCUUUUUGCAUAUUUAUUACUUACGCUUCUUGCGGCCUUUUCAUUUGCGGCGGUGUACAGUCAUUGGCAUAUGCGAGCUGAGACCACGGCGCAUGUGCAGGAGUUUCAACUCUUACCGGUAUUCUGGACUCGACGAAAUAUAAUAGCAGUGUGUGUGAUUUAUCUUUUUGGUAUUCUCCAUGCCUUUUCACUUGGAUAUUUGUUAAAACUCUUUAUGUACCGCACAAGUACGGUGGUGUGGAAUUGGGAGACAUCUCCCUCCAGUGGGGCGGUAUUGUAUAUGAUGUUGAUUACAUUCACAGUAAGUGUGGUGCGGUGGGUGCGGGAGUGGCGGGGAAAUAGAAAUGAAAGAGAAGGAGGAGAACAGGAAGCGAAUACCAUUGUUAUUGAGGCAGAACCACAUCCACAAAGAGAAUCUCAACAACAACAACAACAACAACAACAAGGAGAAGAAGAAGGAGGAGAAGGACAACAGGGACAUACUUCUUCCCCUACGAAUGAGAGAAGGGAGGAACCACAACAACAGGGGGAAGUGAAUGGUAAUACAUCUGUACAGCCGCAAUUGCGUUCUAUACGAGCGGUGGAGUAUUGCCCACGGCGCCCAGUCACAAUCCGCCCAUGA